CCGACACUCCCCUGUGUAAGCCUUUAAAAUUAUCUGUCAUCAUCAGCUGUCACUCCUGAUUUGAUCAAAAAAAUUGAUCAAAAAAUUUCCUCCUGCAUUAAAAUUGCUGAUUAUCAAUUCAACACACUCGACAAAACUAUCUACAAUCAUCACCAUCAAGUACUUUUGUUUAUCUCUUCUCCGAUGUUAGCAUUUCAAUUAAGAAAUGCGAUCUAUAAUAUUCGCUUUACAACAGCGGCUACCACCUCCAGCACUGUCCAUCGACGAAAUCUAUCCUUAACAUCCCUACGAUGGCUAUCAUCACCUCAAUUAACACCCUAUGAUGUCAACUUGGUUCUGCGCGAAAAUGAAUUCUCUCACAUUUUCAUCGAAGGUGAUAAUCCGUUGUUGGGUUAUGAAUCAAAUCAAUUGGCAUCGAAUAAACCAGUUGAAGAUUCACGGACUGAAGCUAGUUUCAUUCAUAAAAAUGCCUUUAUUUGUGGUAUCUUUGAUGGACACGCCGGCUCAGCAUGCUCACAAGUUAUCUCCAAAAGGCUAUUGCGUUAUAUCGCUGCUGGUUUGGUGGAUAGGAAAACACUGCGCGAGGAGAUAGCUAAAGGAUGUACCAGUCAAUCGUUUCUUAAAUGUCACAAUGAUUCGCAAGAUUUUAUUAAAGAAAUCCAACAAAUUUAUGAAAAGAGUUUUGCCAGAUAUGUGAACAAUAUCGUGAAUACAGACAUGACUCCCAGUGAGGCAAUGGAUAAAGCUUGUAUGCAACUGGACUCGGAUAUGUCUGAGGAAGCUCUUGAGCAUAAUGAUUUGCGGACAAUUAUGGCUGUAGCUAUGUCAGGUGCCGUUGCAUGUGUAGCCCACAUCGAAGGACGUGAUCUGAGUGUAGUCAGUACAGGAGAUUGUGCCGCUGUCCUUGGCUAUCAAACAGACACUGGCCAAUGGAUGUCGAAAAAACUCUCCUAUGAACACAAUUCAGAUAAUUUGAACGAAGUCAAACGCAUCCUCUCCGAACAUCCCCCCGAAGAAGCUGAUACUGUGAUUCGAAAUGAUCGUUUACUAAGUCAAUUGGCGCCGCUGCGCGCUUUCGGUGAUUUCCGUUACAAAUGGAGCAACGAAAUUAUGCAAAAAUAUGUUGUGGCCAAUUAUGGCGAGAAUUAUAUGCCACCAAAUUAUUACACACCACCUUAUCUAACAGCAAUGCCGGACAUUAUACAACAUCAACUAACAACUGAUGAUAGAUUUCUGGUGAUAGCUUCGGAUGGACUAUGGGAUUUUUUGUCGCCAAAUGAGGUGGUUAGUUUAGUUGGUGAGCAUUUAUCGUGUAAGAAAUUUUUGGAUCCACUUAAACUUCCCGAAGGCGAUGUCACUUUGGGUCAGAUUUCGGAUAUUCUGGCCAAAAGAAAAGCUGGUCGUCAAAAGAAACCACUUGAUCAAAACUCUGCCACUCAUCUAAUACGCAAUGCUCUUGGAGGAACGGAUUACGGCAUUGAACACUCGAAGAUCUCAUACUACUUGUCCCUGCCACAGGAUGUAGUUCGUCUCUAUCGAGAUGACAUAACCGUUACAGUUAUUUAUUUUAAUUCAGAUUACAUCAAACAACUCUCAUAGGCUUUAAGCUCUUGUUGAUUAUAAUCAUAAUAAGUCUCAAGCUUGUGAGAUGUGUGUGUGUAUAUAUUAACAACAUAAACAAAUUAAAAGAAUUGAAAUUUUGUGUUCCUGCUUCUUAUGUUUUAUUUUUUUCUUUCUUAAUUAAAUUUGUGUUUUAAAUUGAUUUAUCUUUACGUGUGCAGUUAAUUUAUUUUAAAGAAUAAUUCAAACUUGAUUUGUAUCCUUAUCUCAGCUAAGAAUAAAUAUAUUUUGUUAUUUUUAUUGAA